AUGGGUAAUUAAUAAUCAAGUGAAUAUGAAAAAGAGUUUAUAGAAAAGAAAUUGGAUCCUAAUUAUGGAGAAAUUAAUAUAUAUAAAAAUAAAACUAACAACCUUAUUGAGACAGAAAUAAAAAAAGUGUUCAAUAGUAAUGCCAUAGCAAAUACAAUACAAGGCAAUUUAGUAAAAAGGUAUUAUGUUGAAGUAAAGUGAGAUUGCAGUUGAAUCAUAAAUGCUUGGUUAAAAUAUUCUCAUAUGAUAGUGGAAAGAUAGAUGACUUUUGUAGUUCAUUUAUAAUAUUAUCAAUAACAGUUGAAUAUUUAAAGGAAACAUUAUUAAAUGAUAUUCAUUUAAGAAAGGUUCAUAAAACAUCUUAUUCAGAAUAAGAGCUAUGCUAUAUUUUAUAUGAAAUAGCUAAUUUAUGCCAUUACAUGAAAACACUUAAUAAUGAAAUUAUAGAUAUUUAUCCAUAACGGAUUCUUAUUGAUGAUAAAAGAUAAAUCAAAUAUUUUGAUUAAUUUCUUGACAAUUCAAAACUAAGUAACUAUUAUUAAGUACUUCUUGGUUAAAGAGAUUUAGAGUAUAUAGCUCCAGAAUAAUUAAUUCUUUUAGCUGAAAAAAAUUAAAAUGAUAAUACAGAUUAAGAAUUAGUAAAUGUUUUUUGUUUAGGUCUUAUGAUGGUAAGUCUUAUGAGUGGAUAAAGAUGUGUUGAGUUUUUUAAUUAAGAAAGACUAUAAUUUAAAAAAGACUAUGUAGAUUAACUAAUAAAUAAAUAUUGUUUAAGAUACUAACAUAGUGAUUUCUUUAAAUCUAUUGUAAAAUCAAUGCUUAAAUUUCAUAAUGAAGGAAGACCAAAUUAUUAAAUUCUUUUGCAAAUCUUACAUCCUUAAGUAGAUAGUUUUGCUACUUUUCUUAAUCCAUUAGAAAAGUAAAGAGGUAUUAUAAUUUAUUAUGAUAGAAAUGAUUGAGUCAUAAUUUCGUUCAUUCAAUACUUAAGGUUCACCUUCAAGAUCUCAUAUUUUAAUGACUGAUCCAGUUGAUUUUAGUGAAAUUGAUAAAAGAAUUACAUCUGCUAGAUAAAAGGCUUAAAGCACUUUAGAUGAAAUAGGAUUAGAUUUAAGACUAAAUACAUUUGGAAAUACUCAAAUCAAUAUAAUUGAAGCUAGUGAAUGA